UACCGAAACGUUUCAAUGUAGCUGUCAUGUUAUUCAUGGCCUGCCUCAUGAGCUACAUGAUGCGCGUUAAUUUGUCUAUAAAUAUUAUUGCCAUGGUCGAGAGUACCGAUGCUAAUUCCACUGAAAUAUUACCAGAUUAUGGUCCCCGCUAUAAUUGGUCCCAAAGCGAUCAGGCUAUGCUGUUGGGUGCCUAUUUCUAUGGUUAUAUGAUUACUUCGCUGCCAGCUGGUAUGUUGGCUGAAAAUUUGGGAGGUAAACCGGUAGCUGGUUAUAGUUGUCUGGCGGCUGGCAUCUUAACAGCUUUAACACCUUUAGCAGCCUCUUGGGAUAAAUGGGCUGUAUGGGUUAUAAGAUUUGCCAUAGGUUUCUUGACGGGCGUGGUCUAUCCCUGCUGUCACAGUUUAAUCUCCAGAUGGUCUCCUCCCGAUGAGAAGGGAAAAUUUGUGGCCUCUUUAAUGGGUGGCACUUUUGGUACUGUUAUAACUUGGCCUAUUAGUGGUGUGAUUAUUGAAAAUAUGGGCUGGGAUUGGGCCUUCUAUAUGGUGGGCAUUUUCGUUGUGAUUGUAUGCGGAGCCUGGUUUAUGUUUGUGGCUGAAAGUCCUGCAGCUCAUAGAACUAUUAGCAUUAAAGAACGGGAACAUAUUGAAAAGAGUUUGGGUGAUACUGUAUCCACUAAGAAGCGCUGGCCUCCAUACAAAGCUUUGGUUUUGUCUUUGCCUUUCUGGUCUUUAAUGUUGCUGCAUUAUGGCAGCAUGUGGGGUCUAUUCUUCUUGAUUACAGCUACCCCAAAAUUCUUAAGCGAGGUCUUGGGUUUCAAUUUAGCUUCAGCCGGUUUCCUGUCCUCUUUACCACAUUUAGCUCGUCUGCUGUGUGCCUUUGGUUUUGGUGCCGUUGCCGAUUUAAUAAGACGCAAAGAUUGGUUGUCAGUUACAAAAAUGAGAAAAGUUUUCUGUUUACCCUCCCAUGUUAUACCCGGUAUUUUAUUGAUUAUCUUGGCCUAUUUUGGUAAAGAUCCUUAUGUUUGCGUAGCCAUUAUGACUGUUUCUUUGGGUUUCAAUGGUGCUGCCACUGCCUCUAAUCUGCAAAACUCCCAGGAUUUGGCUCCCAAUUAUGCCGGUACUUUGUAUGGUAUUAUUAAUUGUGUGGGCACCACACCCGGUAUUUUCUCUCCCAUCAUUGUAGCCGCUUUUACCAAAGAAAACAACACCAUUGAACAGUGGCAUUAUGUUUUCAUCAUUGGAGCUGCCGCCUACAUAAUACCCGCCUUUAUUUACUGGAUAUUUGGUUCGGGUAAAAUCCAAAAAUGGAAUGAACUUGAUAAUACCGCUUCCAAGGAGGAAAUUGUUAAUACAAAACUGUGAAACGAAACUAAAGUAUUUGACAAAAGUAAUUUGUUUGUGUUUUAAACAGAACUUCAUAGAGUUUGACCUAGAGGGGAAACUUUGCUAACGUUUUAUAGAAAUGUAAUUUCUUUUCAAAAAAAGAACGUUCAAACAAAACUCGAAAUUUUGUUCUCUACUAAACACAACUUAUUUCAUUAUAAUUUAGAGAAUUUUCUAUCAAAUUUAAGUGCUGUGCAUAGACAUUAUAACUAAACUUUUCUUUAUAAAAAUAUUUCUAUUUUGAAAACUUUAUGAACUUUUAGUUCCCCAUGAGUUAUACACCAUAAAUUUACAAAAUUUAUUAUGGUGCUGUUCUUAAAAAAAAAAAAUAAUAAUAUCUUUCCCUGUUAAAUUCUCUCUGUUUUAGUUUAUAUUAAUUUUGCUUAAAUUUUUAAUUUAUUUUUUAAGUGUUAAAUUUUAUUUAGUCAAUAUUUUUAGGUUAAAUAAAUGUAAUUUGUUUG